AUGGCAAAUUUGCAAAGUCUGGUUUCGGAGUUGAAGGCUGGUAGGUAUUAUGACAAAGCUUCUGUUUUUUGGGAAGCACAUAAUGUGAAUAAGGGUGGUGAUCUCAUGGCUGUUUUCAUUGCUUUGGUGGAUGAGAAGUUACAACAUGUCAACUCUAGACAAGACAAACAAGAGUACAUGUGA